UCGUGAAAUUUCCAUUGCCAAUGAAAAGUACUGUCAACAAUAGUUUGUGGCAAUGUCAGAAAAUACGAAAUCGAAUAAUUGAAAAAGGCUUGCUUUUAAAAAUUUGAGUUUGUCUGAUAAAUCAGAACAGAAAUGUACUCAAAUUAAUUUUACUUCUAUUUUAUUAUUCGGCAUGUGAAAGAUGAUAUCCGAACUUAAAAAAAUAGAGAAAUGCAAUCUCAGUGAAAAGGAGAACCUGUACUUUAUUUUUAUAAUAUGAUUGGUUGGAUCCGUACUUAAAUUAAAAUUUGAACCAAUAACAUGCAUUCAAAAGGUUUUGGCCAAUCAGAACCCGCGUUCGUAGAAGGCAAAGUGAUGUAUUUAUUUAUGUUUCUGUCAGUUGGCAGCAGUGACAAAAUUGCAGUGGAAUGGGGUGGCGUAGCGGAUUGCGCCCGAUCCCGUUUUUAACAUUUUUCGCUAACUACGAGCUUGAUCUGUGACUUAUUUGUGAAAAAUUCUUACAACUGUGUAGUGUUAAGUGUAUUGAGUGUAUGAAACAAUGCGUUGAACGUCGCAUGAAUUGUGAAAUUGUGUAUAACAAGUUGCCUGUCUAUGUUGUUAAUGGCGUCCAGAACUUAAUAAAAUCAAAAUGUUUGUGUGAAAACGUGAAAUAAUCAGAGAAAGCUGCUGUGAUGUAUUUAGUUGCUGGGUGCGCGGGCGCUUGCAUAGCGCGGUGAUGGCGGCGGCGGGCGCCCCAUGAGCCGGCUGCUGUGCUGUCUGCGAGAGCGCCGAGCCGACAUGGGCGCCGCGCUAUCGCAUCCUCAGGAGGGCGAGGCGUGCGACGGCGCCGGCGUGGCGGCCGCGCCUCCCACAAUGGCGGAUGUUAUACGAGAGAGGAAGAAGAAGGCGGCGGGCUCGGGGCUGGGCACGCUGCGGCGCCGCAUCGCGCUCGUGCGGCGGCCGCGGGACAACCGCCCCGACAGGGGCUGCGAGCACGCGCGCUUCAUCCGCUCGGUGGUGAGCUCGUGGCGGCUGGCGGAGGUGUUCCUGCUGUGCGAGGAGCUGGAGGCGGCGGCGGCGCUGCGCGACCUGGUCACGCAGGCCGAGCUGGCGCGCGAGCCCGCCGCCGCGCUGCACGCCGACCUGGCCGCCGCCUACAAGGACAGAUGGUGGUGUGACGUGGAGCUGGUGGGCGCGGGCUGGUCGCUGGCCGCUCACCGCGCGAUCCUCUCCGCGCGCUGCACCUACUUCCGCGACCUGCUGCAGCGGUAUCCGCCGCCGUGUGUGCGAGUCCCGCUGGAGGGCGCGGGCGGGGCGCUGUCCCGCGCCGAGCUGGAGCUGGCGCUGCUGGCGCUGUACGCGGGGCCCAGCCUGGCCGCGCGCCGCCCGCUCUGCGCCAUGUGUGCCAGCGUCCCGGAGUGGGAGCGCGGCGGCAGUGCGGACGGAGACCUUGACAUCAUCAACGGAGAGAACAACGGAAGGGGCGCGGGCGGGGGCGCGCUGCGGCGGCUGGGCGCGCUGCUGGGCUUCUCGGCGGGCGCGCUGGGCGCGGACCUGCGCUACCUGCUGGAGUCGGGCGAGCUGGCGGACGCGCGCCUGCAGUUCCGCGCGGAGCCGCCGGCCGCCGCCGCCUACGGGUUCCGCGCCGCGCUGGACCUGCCCUGCCACCGCCUCGUGCUGGCCGCCAGGUCCAGGUUCUUCAGAAGCGUGAUGUCCCGGCGCGCGCCCCCCGCGACGGGCCCCGGGGGCGCGGGCGGGGCGCCGGGCCCCACGGCCUGGUGCGUGGACGAGAAGGUGCUCCCGCGGAGGUUCGCGCGCGCCUUGCUGCACGCCGCCUACACCGACACUGUGGAUUUGAGUCUGAUCGGGCGCAACUCGACGUCGCCCUCGUCGACGGGCGGCGGCAGCGGAAACACGACUUGGGGCGGCGGUCGCGGCGUGUCCACUGCGGUGUUGGACGACGCCUUCCAGCUGUACGAGAUAGCCAGGUUCCUGGAGAUGCCGAUCGUGGUCCAGGGCUGCGAGGACGCCAUCGUGGAGGCGCUGACGCCGGACAGCCUGCCCGCCGUCCUGCGCUGGGCCGCCGCGCCGCACGCCUCGCCCUGGGUGCAGCGGCAAGCGAUGCGAUACCUCCGCGACGAGUUCCCCACCAUCAUGGCGGCUCCUGGCGGGGCCCGCGUGCCGGGUGCGGCCCUCGCUGAGGCCCUGGCCUCGCCCUUCCUGCAGGCCAGCGAGGCCCAGGCCUUGAGGGCCUUGCUGCGGUGGGCCGCGUGUGCUGAUCAGCCGCCCAGAGAUAUUCCGCAAAUGGGCUCUAAGAGGGAAAUAUUAAAUUGCUUUCAAACAGAGUGUUGCAGUCGAGCGUGGUGUGGUCCCGCGCGCAGUCGGUGGGGCGGCGCGGCGCGCGGCGGCGGGACGCGGGCGACGCCGCGCUGCGGGACGCGCUGGCGCCGCUCGCGCCGCUGCUGCGCCUCGAGCAUCUGCCGCCAGACCACGACCUGCUGCUACAGGUAUACACACACAGAGUCCCGCGCGGUGUGGUCCCGCGCGCAGUCGGUGGGGCGGCGCGGCGCGCGGCGGCGGGACGCGGGCGACGCCGCGCUGCGGGACGCGCUGGCGCCGCUCGCGCCGCUGCUGCGCCUCGAGCAUCUGCCGCCAGACCACGACCUGCUGCUACAGGUAUACACACACAGAGUCCCGCGCGGUGUGGUCCCGCGCGCAGUCGGUGGGGCGGCGCGGCGCGCGGCGGCGGGACGCGGGCGACGCCGCGCUGCGGGACGCGCUGGCGCCGCUCGCGCCGCUGCUGCGCCUCGAGCAUCUGCCGCCAGACCACGACCUGCUGCUACAGAAACGGGUAGUGACAUAAUCUCAGUGGUGUUAUUUGUAUCCCUCGGAAGUCGACCUCGGGUUGUACAGAUUUUGAUUUUGACAUACAUGUGUAUGUAUGUGCAGGUGGUCCGUCGCGGUAUAGUGUGCGGGCCGGGCGGCGAGGGCGCGGGGACGGCGGCCGCGUGGCUCGCGCGCGGCUCCUACCGCCCGCCGCGCUGCUUCCUGCCCUAUCUCGACGAGAUCAAGGCACUGCUAGAAGACCAGGCGGUCCCCGAGGCCGAGCUGGCGCGCGCGCGUCGAGAGCGCUACCUGCACAGGAUACCCGACACGCUCUAUAUGGUGGCCGCGGCGCGCAACGGCGGCGGCUCGCCCCCUGGGUGCGGCGGGGGCGCGGGCGGGGGCGCGACGGGCGCGGGCGUGGGCGCGGCGCGGCUGUGCGUGUCGCCGCGCGUGCUGUGCGGGCUGCUGAGACCUACGUCUCAAAAUGUCACAUCUUAG